CCGGUAGUGAGCUGCGUAUGGCUGCUUGUCAAAACAGUGCUUGGUGGAAGAAAACAAGUUUGACGGCGAAGGAAAGUCGAAGUCACAACGUUUUAUCAGCGAAAGAAUAUUUGAGAUAACAUAGCGUCUGUAAAGGUUGUGUUGAAUGUGAACAUCUCUGAUUGGGCAGCCAUGCAUUCAUUGUUGAACUCUGAACAUUACAAGUGUCAGGAUUCAGGUUCACGUAAAGUUGAUCUCAAGUUAUCUCACUUGGAUUGGAGUCCUGAAGCCACCCUGAUCCACUUCCAAGGACAGUACCUAGACAUCUAUGAGCUUGACUAUAACAUUUUGCAGCAGACGAUACAGAGAACACCAAAGACCAGUGCUGCGGUAGAUAUUGGAGAGUUUUGCCUUGUGGAAGAUGCCAACUCAGCCCACUGGUACAGAGGAAGGACCCAGGGUCAUAAAGAUGGCAUAUUUGAUGUGUUCCUUAUAGAUUAUGGCAAUGUGUUGAGUGUGGACAUCGCUCACAUAUCAUCCUGCUCAAAUGAUUUUCUAAUGCUGCCUCCAAAGAUAGUUUGUGGCAUUUUGGCUAACAUGUUGGUGCUCCACAGUACCUCUGAUUGCGGCGUGGGAGACUACCUCUCAAACUUGAUUGGAAAAACCACCACAGGUUACAUUGAAGCCGUUCUUCCUCAUGGUGUACUCCUGCUGGAAGUUCCUUAUGUCAACGACGAGCUUGUUAGGCAUGGCUUUGGAAAGCACAUAGACAGAGACACCUUCCUCCUCUUGGUGGAGCUCUUUAUUGAGGUGCCACUCAAACAAAACACUGACAAAUUAAGCAGACAGGAACAUUGUUACAAGUUAUCCGCACUGCAGGUCUACGAAGAAAUUCUGCCAUUUUGCGGGUCCAGGAUGACUUGUGGUAGCCGGGCUAAAGUUAGAGUGACAGCUGCCGUCAAUCCCGGACUUUUUUACUGUCAGGUUGCCAACAAUGAAACAGAUCUUCGGAACGUCUCAAAGAGGUUGGCUGCAGUCUGUGAGCACGGAAAAAAAGACAACCACAAGAAAAAUCAACAAAACUUGGGUUUACUGUGCUCGGUGAAAAGCAAAAAUGGAAAAUGGUGCAGAGGCUUUGUGAAAUUACAUCCAGUCAAAUCACAAGUGCGAGUGUUGUUUAUUGACUAUGGAUUCUCCGAGUGUGUUAAACUUGCCGAUGUCCACAAGUUACCAUCCGAUUUAUACUUCACUCCUAUCAUGGCGUUUCCAUGCUCACUCUCAGCUCUGAAGGCCAAGGAUGAGGAGGUGAAGGGUCAGCAGUUGGGUUUCCUCAAGGCAGCCUUGUUGGGGAAAAUGUUGGAAGUGGAGAUUGAUAGUUUUGACGAGGAGUACCAUCUAUACUCUGUCUGGGUGAUUGGCACUGCUCAAGAUGCAACAGAAACGGGUCCCAGCCAACAGCUCUCCCCAAAAAAUGCUCAGUCAUGCAUAAGUCCAGAAGCGGAGGCCCCCAAGACUGGCCCCCUUUCCUACAAGAAAAUCAAAGGCCGAGAGCUGGUUAAAACUCUGGAUGAGGAGGAGCUGCAGCUACAUUCUGUGUUUGAGGGCUACUUUGAACACGCCCUAAAUCCACACAACUUCUGGAUUCGAACACAGAAGCGAAAUGAUGACUUUCAGGAAAUGAUGAAUAAAAUGUCAGAACACUUCCGUCAAGUGGCGCUGAAGGAGGACAUUUUGUUAAACCCUAAACCAGGCACACUUUGCUGUGCAUUGUAUGAGGCUGACAUGCAUUUCUACCGUGCUGUCAUCACUGACGAACUUCAACAUGGAGCUGAAGUUCUAUUCAUUGACUUUGGCAACGUGGCGAAAGUGCCUCACACGUUGAUCAAAAAGAUUCCGGAGACAUUUUCCGCCAUACCGGCAUUUGGCAUCUGUUGUACUCUUGUUAAUGUUUUACCUUUGGAUGAUGUGUGGACCUGUUCUAACUCAGACUUCUUCAGAGAGGCUAUUUCCAACAAAGCCCUGCAAGUUCACAUUGUUCACAUAUCACAACACAGAUGUGUGGUGGAUCUCUACGAGAUGGUAAGUGAUAACAGUUUGAGUAUCAGCGAGCUCCUUGUGUCGGCCAAGCAAGCAUACUACUGGAACAAGAUUCCCAUAACGCCUGUGGUGAAAACCAACAAUCAAACUCAGCAGAACAUCACAAAGAAGCUGGUGGAACAAGGCCUGGUGAGAGAAGUCCCCGAUUCAAGAAAUCACAAUCUUCCAAAAUCCUUUGUCUACUCUUCAUUUGACUUAAACUCUAACAAUGACAUACAAGUCUAUGUUACUCAUGUCAGCAGUGAGUUGCACAUCUACUGUCAGCUUGAACGCAACACGGAAAUCCUCAAAGAACUUGAGGUGAAGAUCUCAGAGGAAAUAAAGAAAGUAAAGGAUGUAGGUAUGGAAAAUGUUCCAAUUAAAGUGUGCCUGGCAAAGUACUAUGAUGGAAAAUGGUACAGGGUUUUGGUCAACCCUUCCCCCUCCUCUCUGCAUUUCAGUGUCUUCUUUGUGGACUAUGGAAACACAGGUAUCUCUGAAAAAAGUCAGGUGGUGUCCAUUCCCAGAGACUGUGAUCAUUUGUUAGCCACACCCAUGCAAGCUUUGAAGUUUAACCUUGUUGGUGUGUCCAACAAGGAGUUCUUCAUUGAAGUAAAGACAUGGCUGGAUGAGUCCGUCCUCAACAAGGAACUAAGAGCCAUUAUAGUGCAGAAGUGUGACGAUGAUUCGUUUGAUGUGGAACUGUUUGACGGCAUUCUUAACAUCAAUAACAAGGUAAAGGAGCUCAUUGACAGCCUUUCAACCAAACCAAAUUUCGAGUUCAGAUUUAUCAAAAACAAAGAAAACAGAGGCCACAAAGAAAGAGGACGUUCUUUGGACAAAAGAAAGAAUCUUCCUAAAAUGAGGGGGUCUUACUCUUCCACAUUUAAUGGACAGAGAGGUUCUCAUGUCAGAGCGGGACCUCAGCGAAGGAAGGACUAUGUAAAGGUGACCGCUAACAAGCACACAAAGACAGCAAAACUAAGAGAACAGUGUUGCAUCACCGCAAAGACUAGCAUGAAAAGCACUUUUUCAAGGAAGCCUCAGAACGAACUGAAAGCCCGUCAACAACAAACUCCAAUGCAGAAUGACAAAACGGAAAAACCUUCAGCAGACGUGAGCCCUCAAAUCCAACAUUUGCCAAAGAGAAAGGAGAAAGCAGGCUCUAGCAUGAUGUGUUUUGUUACACAUGUCAACUCGGUCAAUGACUUCUUCGUUCAGCUCUCUUACGAUGAACCUGCCAUCUUGAAACAGGUGAAUGAAAUCAACUCCAACCUUCUCUCCUUGAAGGCGGCCCGUUCUGUGAGAAUCAGCGACCUUGUUCUGGCUCAGUAUGACGAGGACGCUGCUGUGUACCGGGCAGUGGUGAGGGCUCACGAGGGAAACUCUUGUUUCAAAGUGGACUUCCUGGACUAUGGAAAUUCUGCCAUUGUUGAAAAGAAUGUGAUCUACAUAUUUCCCCCGGAGUUUCUCUCUCAGCCACCCUUCAGUAUCAGGUGUUCCUUGAGGGACUCCAGCCUUUACAACAGCGAUACUUCUUUUUCUGAUGCAGUCAUGGAGAAGCCUCUCCAGGUUCAUUUUGUCCGAAAUACUGGAACUUACUGGGAAGUUGACAUGGAGGUUCUCAACCAAGUAGAAACACCUGAACCAGCCUUUAAAAGUGAUUCUGAAUCCUGGAAAGAAGGGGAUGCCCAUACAGCACCUUUAUUUGAUAAUCAAGACAAAGUAAACUCUUGUGAUUCCACAGAUAAGGAACCAACAGAAUCGCAGACCAAAGACCUGAUCCUGACGGCGUCUAAGACCUUUACACUUAAACAUAAGGCCAAGUCUUUUGCAAAAAAUAAAAGCAAAUCCAGGAGGAUUCGAAAGAAAAUAUCAGUAUCCAUUAAAAAGAAGAGUGAACCCCUCAUCACUCAAGCCAAACAGGUUGAAGAUGCGGUGGUACUGUCAGUCUUGUCUCACGGUCAUUUCUACGUCAGGCCCAGUAAGGCCAACAGCCUGCUUGCCGCAUUGGAAUGCUCCAUAGCUGAGAAUGUACACCAGUGCGAGGUAGUGGAGCAGGAGGACAUUAAACCCGACUUUAAAUGCUUAGUUCAGAUCCACAAGGACGGCCAAUGGAAGAGGGCUGUUGUUCAACAAGUCAGUGAUGGGAACUAUCAUCUCUUCCUGGUGGACGAAGGAUUGACUUUGCAAAUGACCUCAAACACCCCCUUGAGAAGGCAGUUUAAUGAUGGGAUGACUAUCCCCAACCUGGCUGUUUUGUGUAAAACGAUCAGCCAAAACAGAGGUGACACUCUCAAGACCAUGAUAGGCCGAGAUGUUCAGCUGGUCUUUGUGACUUAUGCAGAGUCUAACCACUUCUGGGUGGUUCAGCAAAUUAUCCCACUGCCUUAUGAAACAAAAAAUCAGCCCUCAGAGGAUCUCUGUCCAGACACAAGUACACCUCAGACUAUUGACUUUGCUCCAGUCUCUCUGGACAAAGAAUACACCGGCUUUGCCACCGCAGUGACAACACCCUCUGACUUUUGUGUGGUACUCGAGGACUCGCUGUCGUUGAUGAACCAAGUGGCCUUGAUGUUGGAAGACCUCUCAGAGGGUCUGCCGCUCCUUCCCAAACAUUCCCUCGCGCCUGGUGCCAGCUGCUUGUUUCAGUCAGACUUCAACAAUAAGUGGUGCAUUGCAGAAAUUGUCCAGGUGGACACUUCUGUGCUGCUAAAUCUGGUUGAUUACGGCCUUAGUGUACGUGUGCCUUAUGAAGACUGCGUCAGCUUAAGAUCUCUUCCAAAAGAGCUAAUGAACCUCCCAAAGAGGGUGUAUCCCUGCUGCCUUCGGGCAGUGAGGCCAGUUGGGGAGGACCGCCAGUGGAGCCAGGAGGGAUCUGUCCACUUCCAGAAAUGUUUGGACCACAGCUUUGAAGUUGUCUUCCGAGAAAGUCUGUCAAACUCACGCUGGACUGUAGACAUUGUCAUGGACGGGGUCCAUGUCGCCAAAAGGCUGGUGGACGCUGGACACGCCAAGUAUACAGACGCCUUACUGUGCCUCAGAUUUGAGGGGCAAAGUCCAAGUCCAGUUUACAGACCUGACAUGGAGGAAAGAAAACGCCUUGAAGCUUCCAGCCAGGACUCAGCAGAAGGUUCUGGUGACAUCAAGAAGAAGUUAGCUGGCAAGUUGCUGGCAACCAGCCAAUGUGUUCUCCAGUGACAGCGGUGAUGAGGAAUUCUGUACCAGAAACUUGACAAAUUCAACAGCAAAUUUUAUCUAAAUAUAUAUUGGUUAUUUUCACUUACUAGUCCAAGCUCACUAUAAAAUAUCAAUAUUUUGUUAAAAGGUUUUGUUGUUAACGUUUAAAACAAGUCAAUGAAUGUUUAUUUUAUUCUACAUAAAAGUUGAAUUUCAAAUGUGAGUUACGGUGUAAAUUGUGUGCAAUUGAAGAAAACAUCCGCAUUCAUAAUAAAUAUGCUGCAUUUUUUUGUUUAUGGGCAUAAAAAUGUGUCAUAUUAAGAAACCAUUAGUUUACCAUUGACGUGUAUAACAUAUAACAUUAUAAAAACACGUAGUUUGGAAGGUAACCGUGAGCGCUGCGUCAUAUGCGUCACCGGAAGUCCAUACUGUUCAUUUCUCUUUAAUUGCACAGGACAUUUAUUCUAAAAGGGCUAAAAAGGAAACAAAGCAAAAGGAAUGUUUGACAUGUUUCAACCUAAUGGAACGGAUAAACUUGUAGAAACAUGAAAAGUAUUUUUUUUUUUUUAUAGACGGUAAUGAAAUAAAACAAGCUUUCUAACAAAAUAAGAGCACCACUUACCUGCUCAACUUUCCAUACAUCUAUCCUUUUUUUUUUUUACCGCAUAUCCCUUUCAGGGUGGCGGGGGGUGCUGGAGCCUAUCUCAGCUGCAUUCGGGUGGAAGGCGGGGUACACCCUGGACAAGUCCCCAUCUCAUCACAGGGCCAACACAGAUAGACACACCUGCCCAACUUUGUAAAUAUUUAAAACAUGAAAAAGAGCAUCAGCCAGAAACAAAACGCCUGUCCUUUUUUGGUCCCAGUUAAUUUGAAUGUGAAAGACAGGUGAAGUGUUGAUGAAAGCAAGACACUUUGAGGCGGGACUUAUGAGAAAUCUGCAUUUAUUAAUGAUUACCAAAAAAAGGCCAAACACGAAACCCUUGAAGGGAUUCAGUUGAUUUGGAGGAAGUGAAGUGAGUAAAGCUUCCUGCUGUUGAAAUAAUUUAAAGUCACUGUCAUCAAAAAGCAUCGCUUUUUAUUUCAAACCUUUAAAAAGUGCCUUUUUCUACAUCACCAGCGGGGACCGUUGUCAUGGAAACGUGUGGUACAUCCAGAUCCCUUUAAAAGUAAAAAUGAGAGCAGUUUGGCCCGACAUUUAAUACUAGAAAACAUUCUUUUUUUGUGCAGCUUUCUUCCAACACAAACAAUAAAUAUGAUUUUAAUUAUAGUGAAAGUCUAAAAUGUCCGAUCAGUCAAAUUAAUCUCACACGACUCUGCAAAAAAAAGAAAAGAAUACUACAGUAUUUAUUCAAAAGAAAGUUAGCUGAGGUUGGAGGAAACAUUUAAAUGUCACAUUAGUGUUUGGGCGUGUAGAGUCAUCCCAGCCAAAUAUUUACAGUCAACUUGUGCACGUUCAGAUCAAAGUUUUCCUAAAACAUCACAAAAAAAAGCCCGUUAUGUUGGAAUGAAGUAACAGUGUUUCCUUAAAAAUAAAACCUGUUGCUGGGCAGAAGAGCAUAAAAGCUGGCCACUUAAAAUAUCUAAGAUGUAAAAAAAAAAAAAAAAAAAUUACAAUUACAAUUUAGCAUAAACCUCCAACCCCGCCCCCCAGCACCCUUUUACAGACAAAAAUAUAUUUCCCCCAUUUUGUGGUACAAUUACAACUUUUGUACAUUGCUUCUCUUACACGUGUGAGCUGGGAGGGGGCAGGUGGGGGCGGGGCCGAGUGGUAAAAAUCAGGGGGUCCAGUUAUUUAAAAAACUAAAACAAACAGGAGGUCAGAAGUGGCCGUGGUGGCUCACUGCUUGGUGUUGAGCUCGUUCUCCAGCUCCAUCAGUUUCCGAGACGCCUUGACCUUGUCGGACACCUCCUUCCCCUGAGAGAAGAGACGCUGGCGCUCCUUAAAGGUUAAACUCUCGGGAGGGGCGCCGCUGGGGAUGUUCUCCUGCUCCUGACUAAUAACAUCAUCAGCAUCAGUGUCACCUACAGAGAGUCAAAUGCUGCAUGACAUUCUCACCUCUUGGUCCAUUUGUCCCUCGGGUCCUUGUAGAACUCUCCGGAUCCUACAACUCCUGACGAGUUUCCAGUGUACGAGUUAAAUCCUGGGGACGGACACACAGUGGUUAGAACCGUGGCACACGUGACGCCGCGAGAAGCCCCUGGCAUACGCCUCCAUUCUUCAUCAAGAUUGGAGGUUUUCUUGAGAAGCAGCCAGAAGCUUCUCUGGUCCGCAGUCAACUUGAGAAAACUUUUUCGGUCCAACACAGAGCAGCCCGAGCAGAAGGAAGGAAGCAGCGUUAGGGCCAAUCACCCAGAAAGUGUUAAGAGAGAGCGUGUCGGUCCGAGGUCGAGGUCAUGGGUUUCUAGAACCUUCUAGCUUCACAUGCAACCUCAACCUUUGACCUCUACAGAAGCCUAACCACACGUCAUUCCAGGGACAAAGUUCAAUUCUUGGAAAGAAUUUGCCUAAAAACAACUUUAAAUGUGUUUUUUGACGUGAUGGAAGACAACACACACGUUCAUGCAUCCAGCUGGCAGCUUCUAUAUCCAGGGUGUCAAACUCAUUUGAGAUCAGGAGCGGCAUGGAGGAAAUCUGUGCACACGCGGGCCAGAAUAUUCAAAUCAUGGAAUUAAAACUAAAAAAAUAAAGACAACUUCAGAUUGUUUUCUUUGUCGUCCGUUGGCCAAAAAUAGAACAAACAGUCUGAAAAUAUCAUAAUAAAAAUAUAGAAAAAACUCCCGGCAGUGGUAAAAUUUAGAUCCAUGAAGGAAAGAAGAAAGUGAAAGAAUGUUUAAAAGUGAGGACGUGUUUUCCUUUGUAAUUAGUUUUUUUAAAUGAAUGAAAUAACGUUUAUGACAACCUUUUUCCAAAACGCAAUAUAGAAUGUGACAUUUAACAGGAUAAUGCAUACAUUUAUCGUUUCAUUUUAAAACGGUUACAAAAAAGUAGGACACCAAAAAUGUACUGUGGGACCCCAUUUUUAUGACCUAAUGGGUUGUCUGGGACCCCAUUUUGAAAAUUCCUAGCGCCAACACUGAUGGGAGUAUAUGAUGCGUGCAAAACAGCAGCAGGUAGCUGUGGCUGUGGCCUGCGGGCCGGUUCUAAUACUAAUCAAAUAUCAUCCCGGGGGCCAAAGAUAAUUCAUUCGUGGGCCAGAUUCUUGACUGAUAUCCCUGUUCUAGAACCUUCCAGCGUCUUAGGUUUCACACGACACUGGAGCUUCUAGAUUGGGUGCAUCCAAAUUUCUCCAGCGAAAAAAUGGAAGUAUGGAUUUUGUACACUAAAGAUGAUAAAUCUCCUUUAAUGUGAGAUUUGUGUUACUAAAGCUGACAAAGCUAAUUAGUAGUGAUGUGUUUAGUGAGUGUGUGGCACACUCACUAGCUGUAUUGAUAAUUUGUUGCUGUUUCAUAAUGGUCAUGUGCUGGAUUAAAAAAAAAAAAUCACUCCUGACUUAUUUCAGAAGGAGCUGUCACUCAAAGAUCCAUCACAUGGUUUCUUUCUUUAAGUGACACACACACGGCAUCACUCCUUCAAUUGAUCCAUCCCUACUAAUUAGUCUCACAUCGGGAAGCUGCCAGUGGAUGACUGAGUGAAGAUGAGGAAUACAAAGGAAGAAGAAAAAGAGAUGCAGCCGUGUGGAAGCGCAGAAAAAAGCAAUAAGACAUCCAGCCAGCUGAGGGUCGUCAGCGUGAUGCCAACAUGCACGCAUUGGCAGCGGGGGGAUAGCAGGGGGCGGGGCUAAUUAAGGUGCUGGUUAAUAAGUGUCGGGGCGUUAGUGGUGCAGCCGAGGAGGUACGCUCCUCUCGACUUCUAGAACUACAAAUCAAAGUCCAGCUUGUGGUUGUGUUGAAGGAGCAUGGAUGCUUUCUCUUUGUCUGCCGCCAUGAUGGAAAUAUUGGCCAGCCAAACAUUAACAAAGCAGAUUUCCCUGCCAGGGUCAAUCCACUUGCAUUACAUUAACUGUAGAACACAUUUUAUUCAGCAAAGUGCUGUAAUUUUAUAGGAACACAGUUGAAAAGAAACAUUUGAACUACUUUGAGCUCAGGGAAAAAUAACUGUUGCCCAAAUUACAGCUUUUUUUGUUUAUUCUUAAAUGUCUUGAAUGACUGAUGCCAUAAACACUAUGUGACUGUCUUGCAUGCAUGUGAGCAUUAUAUGCCAACACACUCCUCUUUCUCCAACUUAACACUAAAAUAAAGUCGCCUGAGCUGGGCCAAUAUAAACAUUUGAGUAGUUCAAGAUGUGUAUUAUCAGAUUGGGACUUAAAGCAAAGGCUAAAAUAGGAGUUUAUCUUAAAAGUUACGUUAAGAAAACGGCACUGGUUUAUUGGAAUGUCUCCGAUAAAUAACAUGAUUUAAUACAGUGGUUCUCAACCUUUUUUCAGUGAUGUACCCCCUGUCAACAUUUUUUUAAUUCAAGUACCCUUAAUCAGGGCAAAGCAUUUUUGGUUGAAAAAAAGAUCAAGUAAAAUACAGCACUAUGUCAUCAGUUUCAGAUUUUUUAAAUUGUAUAACUGCAAAAUAUUGUUCAUUUGUAGUGGUCUUUCUAU